GAUUUCGUUGUUUACAGCUGGAUACAGUGACGGAGUUUCGUUUUCAGCCGAAAAAAAAAAGAAGUAAAUCUCAUUGCACUUUUUAGAAUACAUUUUUUGUAAACAGCAAUCAGUAUUAUAAGGACUGUCGGAGUACAUUACAGUAAAAUAUUCGCGUUUCUGACCAACAACAUUCAACACGUUUUUUAUUUAUGUAUUUAUUAGUAUUAUUUGUUUUUAAUGCAAACUGAUGCGUGUUGGUAAAAUGUGCUUAUGUUUAUAACCGGAGAGUGAAGAAAGUCUUGGUUUAUUGAUUGAGCUCGUUUUAAGAACAGCCUGACACAAUGGCGGAUGGAGCUGUCUUUGGAUCAGGUCAAAACUCAAGUUGUCUGACCUCGCGAGUAAAGAAAGUCAACAACAACAACAACAACAACAGUAGUAUGUCGGUACCAGCGAACAUGCGAAGAAAGACUCGACAGAGUAUCAGGAGGGACAUUCAUAACCGGGUCGUCUUGGAGAAAGUCUUGGGCAUCACUGCCUCAAACAGUAGUGCUUUAGCCUGUGACCCCAACUCUGGUUUAGUGGCAUAUCCUGCAGGUUGUGUCAUUGUUAUCCUGAACCCCAAGAAAAACAAGCAGACUCACAUAUUCAAUACAUCCAGGAAAACUUUCAGUGCUUUGGCUUUCUCACAGAAUGGAAAAUAUUUGGUCACUGGUGAGAGCGGGCACAUGCCCUGUGUUCGGGUGUGGGACGUGGCAGAGCGGACACAGGUGACGGAGGUCCAGUGCCAUAAGUACGGGGUGGCGUGUGUAGCUUUCUCCCUCAACGGAAGCUAUAUAGUGUCUGUGGGAUACCAACAUGACAGGACCGUCAGUGUCUGGGAGUGGAAGAAGGGGACUGUUAUCGCAUCCAAUAAGGUGUCCAGUCGAGUGCUUGCCGUCUCUUUCUCGGAGGAUAACAGCUACUUUGUAACCGCAGGGAACAGACAUGUCAAGUUCUGGUACCUUGACGCCUCAAAGGAGAGAAGGGUUAACAGCACAGUGCCUCUGAUUGGUCGCUCAGGGUUGCUAGGGGAACAUCAGAACAGUCAGUUCUGCGGUUUGGCUUGUGGCCGUGGCUCAAUGGCCAGCAGCACCUACUGCAUCACACACACCGGUCUGCUGUGCCAGUUCAACAGCAACAGGCAACUGGAUUCCUGGGUUGACCUCAAGACGACAUCAGCACAGUGCUUGUCAGUGAGCGAGGCGUUUGUUUUUUGCGGAUGUGCAGAUGGUACUGUGCGUGUUUUCAGCCCACAAGACCUGCGUUACAUCACCACUCUACACCGGCCGCACUGUUUAGGUGUGGAUGUGUCACAGGGCACAAAGCCGGGGCAUCUGUUUGGUGCAAACCCAGAAGCUGAGUAUCCAGAUACCCUGGCUUUAACCUUUGACCCUGUGACCAGGCACUUGACGUGUGUGUAUAAUGACCACAGUGUAUAUGUAUGGGAUGUGCGGGACAUUCGAAACAUCGGGAAAGUUUACUCUGCUCUGUACCACAGUGGGUGUGUCUGGAGUGUGGAGACCUACCCUGAGCUAGAAGACUUGUCAGUGGCGUGUUUUACUCCUGGCUCUUUCCUCACCUGUUCUUCAGAUAACACCAUUCGCCUGUGGAAUAGUGAGUCUCAGCAGAGUCACGGCCUUUGCAACAACCUUUACAGUCAGGACCUUGUGAGGGUCGUGUAUGUGGAUGAAGACACACAGUUCCUCAAAGUUGAGGCUGAGAAGGCCGAGGGUUGCAGCCAGGAUGGGAAGUCUGGGAUCAGGGUGUUGGGCAUCAGCCCAGAUGGGCAACAUCUGGCUGCUGGCGACCGCAGUGGAAACCUGAGAAUCUUCGGUUUGCAGUUUAUGAAUGAGCUGCUGAAAAUCGAGGCCCAUGAUUCAGAGGUCUUGUGUCUUGCGUUCUCCCCUAAAGAGACUGGUUUGCAUCUCUUAGCUUCAGCGAGUCGUGAUCGACUCAUUCACAUCUUUGACAUGGAGAGGAACUACAACUUGGUACAGACAGUUUACGACCAUUCAGCCUCCAUCACAGCUAUCAAGUUCACAGGACUGAGUUCAGAGGUUUGUAUGGUCAGCUGUGGUGCUGACAAGAGCAUCUACUUUCGAUCUGCAGAGAAGACCUCUGAGGGUUUGAACUUCUCACGAUCCCAUCAUAUAGUAGAGAAGACGACUCUAUAUGAUAUGGACCUGGACGCCACACGCACGCACACUGCAAUUGCAUGCCAGGACCGAAACAUUAGAGUGUACAAUGUGAGAAGUGGCAAGAUGAAGAAAUGUUUCAAGGGCUCCCUCAAUGAUGACGGUACACUACUCAAGGUCCAGUUGGAUCCCUCUGGGAUAUUUCUGGCCACCAGCUGUUCAGACAAAAAUAUCUGUAUCUUCGACUAUGAGUCAGGAGAAUGUGUGGCCACCUUAUUUGGACAUUCAGAAAUUGUUACAGGUAUGAAGUUCAGCCAGGACUGCAGGCAUCUAAUCACUGUAUCUGGUGACAGCUGUGUGUUUGUGUGGCGGCUGGACUCUCAGAUGACCAACUCCAUGAGGAAGAGGCUGGCAGAGAGGAAGCAGAGAGCGGGUCUGAGGGUUCAAAGGGCCCCCAGCAAACAGCAAGCUGUAAGGAGAGAGACGUACAUUGCUGUGCCCUGUAGUGUGCUGCCUCACUUGGAGGAAGAGGAGGACAUCCUGAUACCUGUCGACAAUACUGAAGAUGUUGGAGAGGACAGCAGAACUCCAGACAGACCCAACUCCACUGAUGCCUCUCUGGAUGCUGUGGUGCUCCAAACCAAUGGCAAAAUGCCUAUGUGGGUCCGCAGACUGGGUGGAGGAGGUGAAAAUGAUGAUGGUGGGGGUUUAAGUGGCAGAGCUCAGUACCAGCCGCAGGGACGCUGGGCGGUGCAGUCAGACCCGCUAGCUGUCCGUGCUGUCCUGGAGAUGAAGAGCAUGCAGCUGCCCCUCUCUCACACCCCCUGCAGAGCCAUGGGUGAGGAAGAGUUUGAAGAAGACUCUUGCUUCCACCCGCAGAGUUUGGACAGUCUGCUGGAUGAAGACGUUGAUGAUGAUGAUCUGGAGGAGAAUAAGAUUUGUGGUGUCUCCAGAGAUGGGUUUAGCUCUUCGCUCCAAGGAGCAGAUUUUCUGCAGCUGCCAGAGGGAGAGGAGAACUUCGGUCCAGAACUCAGCUCACCAGAGAAGACUGGCUACAUUUUGUACCCAGCAAACAGUACUGCCCUGUCCACUGGAGAAGGAGAGUUUGAUGUUAAAGCUCUGUGUGAGGAGGCAGCUGGCGACCCUGAUGAAGAGGAGCUAAGCCCAGAUAGUGGUUGUUCAGCCGAAAGCCAAGCCUCCCAUAGCGACCAGCCUCAUGACCGUGAGUUACAUUACACACGGAGUUUGAGGUGCUAUAGUCAGAAGUAUGAAAAGGACACGGACUCCCUGAGUCAGGUGAGUUCGACAGGAAGCUCAGGAGUUGAAGAGGAAGAGGAUGAAGAAGAAUCUGGAACUCUGCUUCGCCAACACUUUGAUACUCUGGGUGUGGCCAGUAAUGAAAAGUUCAACACUGACCUCAGCAGUCUGCAGCCCAAUACAGAGAGUAACUUCCUCAAUCCACGUCUCAGUAUCUCCACACGUUUCCUCUCGCGCUUUCAGAGCCGUUUCCGCACUACAGGGACUGGUAGCAGUGUUUGCCGGCCUGCAGCCUGCCUACCCAGUAUACCAGAUGAGUCCAGUGAUAACAGUCAAAUGCUGGACAGCAGGAUGGAUAAAUCCAAGCUUCUUCCAGAUAACAGCAGCACAAAUGGGAGCAUUAAGGAGGAGAGCGAGAAGAGUGAAAUCACAAACAAGACGCUUCAGUCUAAAGCCCAUAAUGCUGUCAGCACUACAAGCACUCUCACCACCAAAUCAGCCAGCAACUCAAGUGACUCAUCUGUUGGACGUUCCCGCCAAAGCUACAUGGGUCCUACUGCCAGCUCACGUGCCAAGUUGUCACGAAGCAACUCUAUUGACAAUUUGAAUGUGUGCGCACCGGAGGAGACCCUUCUUGUGAAAGAGAUUCAUCAAAAUGCCCCAGUCUCGUCUCUGGAUCCUAGUGUAGAAUCAUGUAAAGAGAACAUGCCCCCUGCUUCAUCUACAGUUCUUUCUUUGGGACAGCCCCAUCCAAUCCAAGCUCUCUCCUUUCCUGCCCUGAGUAACCACAGCGCCAGGGCAGCCCUUCGAUUAGACCUUGUUGGCCCAGAUCGUGCCAGCCUAUCACCUGCGUCACUCAAGAGUCACCUUAGAAAAAUUGAACAUGCCAAGUCGCCCAGUCGUCAGGCCAUGGUGACGCCCACAGAAAUGCGAUCACUGGGUAAAGAGUGUCGGAAGCAGAUCAGUACUAUUGAGCAGAGUUUGACUCCUAAGACUACAAGCAGAUUCUCUUCAGGGUGUGAAAUGUUUGCCGGGAACCCAGCGGUGUCAGAAACCAGUCAUACCACAGAAGGCAACCAGUUUUCAGGGCUGUGUGAAAUUGCACCAUCCUUGAGUCAGACUGCAAUGACCAACUCUGUAACUCUGGACAGAGAGAAAUCUACAGAAACGGACUCCACACAAGAGGAUACAGGUUUGUCUGCAGAGAUGUUGAGCAUCCAGAUGUGUAAGGAGAUGGUAAAUGAACUGUGGCACACAAUCCAUAAAGCAACUAGCUUUUAUAGCAAGCUGUGCUCAAUCCCGGAGUUGUCUGAGCAGCAGGAGCAAAUGAAGAGCAUUUUGCAGGAGACGUUUGUGGGCGUACAGAGUGAAUUAACCGUCCUCUGCCCUCAGACAUGCCCCUACACACAGAGCUCCCGUCCUGUACCAGAGGACUCACCCGGCCGUCAGCUGAGGGACGACCGGACAGUGGCACUUCUAGAAAAAUACUCGGAGAUGCUCUUGCGGAUGACGGAAAAAGGUGCACAGGUUGCACUUGAGUAACGGCUCCUUGGAUCUUUGUUUGGUUUUGAACAGUCCUAAUUGUCAUAAUUGAAUUGACCUAAAUGAGCCUUUUAAGGCAUAGAAGCACUUUUAAACCUUGUCUUACAUUUGGUUUUAAGUUUUUAAACCAAAAUAAACAUGCAAAUGCAUAUUUGGAUUAAUGACAUUUCUUGACAUUUUUCUUAACUGGUCUGUCAGUUUUUAACAUUGUCGCUUUCUCUUUUUAUACGAUAAGCGUUUUUAAUUAUUUUGUAUGUUUGUACACUACAAUUUUAAUACCUAAAUGUAUUUGGUCACAUACACUUUGACAUUUGCUCUUUUCUUAUAGAUUUUUAAAACUGUAUCGAGGCAAACUAUUCAGGACAUCCCCACCCCCAAUGGUAUUUCUUGUACAGUUUGGAAACAGUAUUACUUUUGAAAUAUGAACCCAUACAAUAAUGUGCAAUGAGUUUUGUGUUCAAAAUUCUUGAGCUUUUGUAAUUUUACACCAUUUCACAUCACAGCCAUGCAGACUGGCUAUGAUGUGUGGUGCAUUAUGUUGACUGUUCCUCAAAAUAGCAAUGAUUAGAAAUUUUCGCAAGUGUCAGGCUGUGACUCACAAUUUGCUUGCCACUAGAGUGCUAUUUAUGCCUUAAUGUGUCAUGUUGAUGUGGUCUUUUUUUUUUCCCCACUGAAAAUGUAUCAUUUUUAGGAAGACUUUAAAUGUGUUUUAAUCAGCAAUUUGCAUUGUUUUUUAAAUAUUAAACAUUAAAAUAUU